AUGUCCGAGCCCACAACCGCAAGCGCACCGCCGCCCAUGCCGCCCCGUCCCGAGACGGCGGCGCCCGCGGCGGCGGGAGGAGCCCCGGCUGGCGACGCCGAGUCCAAGCCCAAGAACAUCAGCCGCGACGGCCAGAAGAUCGCCGACAUGGAGUACUACGACCUGCUCGGCGUCGCGGGGGAUGCCAGCGACCUCGAACUCAAAAAGGCCUACCGCAAGGCUGCCAUCAAGAACCACCCGGACAAGGGCGGUGACGAGGAGACGUUCAAGAUGAUCGGCGAGGCCUACCGCGUGCUCAGCGACAACCACCUGCGCGCCGACUACGACAAGUACGGCAAGAAGAAGCCCACCGACGAGGUCGGACUCAAGGAGGCGACCGACAUGUUCGGCUCCCUCUUCGGCGGCGAGCGCUUCGUCGACCUCAUCGGCGAAAUCAGCCUGAUCAAGGACUUUAGCAAGGCGUCCGAGAUCAUGAUGACCGACGAGGAGCGCGAGGAGCUGGAAAAGCAGAUGAAGGCCGAGCACCAAAAGGGCAACGGCAACGAGUCGGUCGAGGCGACGCCGCCGCCGGCGACGGCCAGCACGGCGAGCGAGGGUGCCGAGGCGGCUGCCGCUGCCGCUGCGGCGGCUCCGGGCGCCACCGAGGCGAGCGUCGCCGAGGCCAAGAAAAAGGAAGAGGCGAGGCAGAAGCAGAAGCUGACGGCCGAGCAGCGCGAGAAGCUCGAGGCGCUGGAAAAGGAAAAGGAGGAAAAUGAGCGGAAGCGGGUCGAGGAGCUGUCGCAGAAGCUCAAGGACCGCAUCCGGCCGUUUGUCGAGGCCAAGAACCCGGGCGACAAGGACGACAGCGAGACGCAGAUCUUUGAGCGCAAGAUGCGCGAAGAGGCCGAGGACCUCAAGCUCGAGUCGUUUGGCGUCGAGCUGCUCCACGCCAUCGGCAACGUCUACCUGAUGAAGUCGACGUCGUGGAUCAAGACCAAGCAGCACAAGUUCCUCGGCCUCAGCGGCUUCAUGAGCCGCAUGAAGGAAAAAGGCGCCGUCGUCAAGGAGACGUGGGGCAUGCUCGGCAGCGCGCUCAACGUCAAGGCGUCGAUGGACGAGCUGGCCAGGAGGCAGGAAAAGGGCGAGAUCCCCGAAGACGAGCUGCGCGCCCUCGAGCAGGACAUGAGCGGCAAGAUGCUCCUCGCCACCUGGAGGGGCACCCGCUUCGAGGUGUCGAGCGUGCUGCGCCAGGUCUGCGACAACGUUCUCAACGAAAAGGGCGUCGACGACAAGGUGCUCCUCAACCGCGCCCGCGCCAUCGCCUUCCUCGGCGUCAUCUACAAGGACGUCCAGCCCGACGAGGGCGACGACGAGCGCCGCGAGCUCGAACGCCUCGUCGCCGAGGCCGCCGGCAAGAACAAGAAAAAGGCAAAGAAGGACAAGCACCACGGCGCCAAGCACUCGGGCACCUCGACGCCCGUCGUCUGA